CGAAAUUAGGUACGGAAUUUCAAAAUUAAUUUUUUAUCCCUAUUAAUGAAACAUUUUUAAGUUUUUUAAACUUUAAAUCUAAAUGUCUAUUGGAUUAAGUACCUAUUGGUGAUUCUAUUUUAUUUUUAUAUAAUCAUUAUUGGAUUAUAACUGCAUAAAAAAUGGACUUUAGAAUCGAUACUGAAAUUCUUAGAGAUUUUUGAAUAUAGUCCAAUAUUAUAUCGAUCAAACUAAGUGAAAUGGUUUUGUGAUUUGUUUAGAGGAGGUGCCCUUGAUUGAAAAUCAAUAAGCAUGCUUUUUACACCAAUUUACAUUGCAAUGACUUUUAUAAAAACUUGGCGUAUCCGUUCAUUUCGAGCUCGUCUUUUAGAGUUUCUAAAUGGUAACACAAGUGUUGCAUUUUGUAAAGUGCCUGAAAAUGCGGCAGAAACACCUACUCUUAGUUCGAAAUUAUGUACAAAUCCCAAAAACGCAUAUUUAUGUGAUCUCCUAGACUACACCAAUGCUUCAAGAAUAUGUAGUAUGAAACCAACUCAGUGUAUUGAAAUCAAUGAUUGGGUUUCUUGUGGGGGAGGGCUGCCUUUAGGUUCUGAGGAUGUCACACCGUCAUCUGAAUUAGAUCUUGAACUAUUAUUUGAGUGUGAAAUGGAGCCACAUGAAGAUAGUUCAUAUCAUGACAUAAUUCGUUUGGAAUCUAUGGGAAAGCCAAUUGCUUGGAAAGCUGGAUCUCAUUUAGCAAUAGUUUUAAAAACGAACAUGGAAAAUCUUAGUAUUGUUGGACUCCAUUUUGUUGGCGGAGAAUUCAUAAUUGAUCACAAGUUACCAGUUGUUAGGAUACAAACUGUUCAAAUAUCUGGAGAACCAAACAAAGCUACUGAUUUAUCGAUGAGAGGUCUCCGAAGUGAAAUUCAACAUAGUCUUAAACAGUCUCGUGAAGAAUUUCAGUGGCCUGUCCACGCAGCUCUUUUACGUAAACUAUCAAAGGUUGUUGACAUUAAGUCCGACAGAAGGAGCCUCGUGGAAAUGAACGGAGGGAGUGACAAAGUAUAUGAUACCACCGUCGGAAGACGAAAUGUUACUUUGACUGAUGUAAGUACAAUUACAACGAAAUCUCUAUCAGACGAAGACAUUAAAGAACCUGAGACUUCUAAGACGUUACUGAAGCCAGAAGUUAAAGUAUCUGAAAAGUCACCAGAUCAAUCGGCAGAGAAAUUGAUUGAUAAAGUACCGCAUAAAUCACCCGAGAAAAAACUUGGUAAAUCCCCCGAAAAGAUUUUAGGGAAAUCACCAGAGAAAAAAAAUGUAGCUUCUGAAGAAGUUGUUUUAGAAAAUGUUACCGUUGAAAUACAACACAACAUAACACCAAAGAAGUCUAGUUUGAAAUUGGAUUUAAAGAAGGGAACUAGUCAACUUUCAUCGUCAUUGUUAAAUAUAUCGAGUCAAAUAAAAUCAAUAACGACGCAUAAACGGGUAAUUAGUACGACCGCUCCGAAACGGCCUCAGAGUCAAAUGGAGACGACAACUUAUAUACGAGAAGAGACUCCAGAGAGUUCACCGUCUCAAAUGACACCAAGGUCCAUGAAAAGUUCCCGUCCAUUAGUGAAUACUAAAUCACCGAACGUUUUAAUUUAUUCGGAUAGUAUAGUGGCUAGAGAUAAUUUAGAAGCGUCUCUGAAGAAAGUUUUAGAUUGCGAUAGGUACACGGUGUACAGCGUGUCGCGCGAGGCGCUGUGCGGCGGCGCGUGGCGCGGGCGCGCGGCGCUGGUGGCGGUGGCGGGCUGCGCCGGCCGAGCCGCGCCGCUGCUGCUCGCGCACCUGCUGGACGGCGGCCGCCUGCUCGCGCUCUGCUCCGACCUGCUGCACACCGUGCUGCCGCACUACAAGACUGCCGAGAUAAGAGAGAAUGAAGUAGUUCAGUUCUCAUACGAUAAGUGGAAGUCGGUCAAGAUGAAGCACCAUAUAUUCUGCUACCAAGCUUCCCCUGCUAAGAAACAAUUUUCGACUGAAAGCGAUAGACAAGCGAGUCAGGACGCUAAUAUGUGUUGGCCAUCAAAGUAUACUGGGCACCCUGGUCAUGAACUCGACAUCCAAGUCUUGGCGUCGGAGGAGACAUGGCGUACUCCAUCCUUGCUCCAGGCUACGGAUCUUACCAACAGUGGCGUCGCGAUAUUCUCACAGAUACACCUAGAAGCAGAUCCAAGCGACUACCUUGGUGAAGAGGGAAUGAAAAGCAACGAAGCCAGAUUAGAAAUCCUACAUAAAAUACUAGGAAAUAUUCUAGGCCUUCACGUCAAAGAUUCGAGAGAACUAAAACAAGUGGAAUAUACGAAAGGCUAUUUUCUGGGAAAUCACGUGCAAAAAAUGUCGCUAGUGGAGAGUUGGUGUCCGGUGGUAGAUGGCAAGCGUAUUCAGAAACUCGACGACUUGACGAUACAGUGGUGCAUGAGAGACGAGACGCCCAUACAACCCCCCUCCGAAACCUUCCUCCCCGUUUACUUGUACGAAUGUCCUGAAAAUUUCUCAACCGUUGAAUACUUUGACAACCUGUCGUCGUCGCAGCUGGGCCGCGCCAUGCUGUACGCGGACGUGUUGUCGUCGACGGCGGCGUGGGUGCGCGCGGCGCGGGCGCACGGCGCGGGCGCGCUCGCUCGCCGCCAGACGUGCGCGCGCGGCCGCGCCGGCAACCGCUGGAUCACGCCGCCCGGACAGGCCGCCGUAUCGCUCCAGGUGUACCGGAAGGUGUCGGACACGUUGCCGCUCACGCAGCACGGCGCGGCGCUGGCGGCCGUGCGCGCGCUGCGCACGCUCGCCGGAUACGAGCGCCUCGACAUCAGAAUAAAAUGGCCUAACGAUAUAUACUACGGACGUGAAGUAAAGAUCGGUGGUACCAUCACAACAGCCAAUUGUAUCGGCGAGGAUGUUAUUAUUGAAAUAGGCACUGGUGUAAACAUAUCGAACGGUGUUCCGACAACUUGCGUGAACGACAUUAUAUCGGAGUACAACAAGAGAAACGGGACAACACUAGCGCCGAUAUCGAUUGAAAAAUUCCUCGCUCGUUAUUGUUCACAAUUGGAGACGAUAUUGGAAAUAUUGGACCAAGAAAAUGGCAGUGAAGCGUUCUUAGAACUGUAUUAUCACUAUUGGUUACAUGAUGGGGAAGAAAUAAAAGUAAAAAGCGCCGACGGAGACAGUCCAGUCCAGGGUACUAUAAGCGGCUUGGAUUCCGCUGGGUGGUUGUUAGUAAAAACUUCCACUGGGGAGAUCAGAGUGGCACCGGAUGGCAACACUUUCGACAUCAUGAGUGGACUCAUUGCACCAAAGUUUUAAAUUAAUUUAUAUAAAAAGGCAUUGUUUAUGGGUUUAAUUAUUAGCGAAGUUACUUACAUUUAAGGGUAAUGUAAGUGUAAAAUAGACUUAUUUUGGGUAAUGGUUCGGGAUUAUGAGAUAGCAGAUUUUUCUGCUGGCAAUACCAUUGAUAUCAUAAGUUGGUAAUUAAAACGUUAAAAAACGUAAUUUAGGCGUCUAGUGUUGGGUUUAGUCAAUCAGUGUAAGAAUCGAUAAAUCUUCUUAUGGAAUAAUAUAAGAUAUAUUUGAAUUCCAUUAAGCUGUCAGUCAGAACUAGAAUACAGUUCAAUUCAGUUAUUCCAAAAUCCUUUCACUCAAAAUUAUAUUGAUUUUUUUUUAAAUAUAUCGACAAUCAAUAAUUAUUAUAUAACACUAUUAUAUUAAUCUGAACGUAAGAAAGGUACCUUAAAAUUUUAUAUAUUAAAACCUUACAAAUAAAUACAUAAUAAUAACCACAGUGAAAGAAUUAUAAAAAUCGGUAGGGUAUUUUCACACUAUUUUAAAUCGUUUGAGAAAGUGGUAAGAACAAGGCAGUACUAGCCUAUAAAGAUCGUUGACUACCUACAAUUAUUCACCCCAUUAUAUACUAAGAACUAAAUCGUUCUUAAGAAAUUACUUACAGUCUAAGUAAAUAUGUGGUAUAAUUAAUAUGACAAGGUUCAUUCUGUCAUAAAUGAAUCCAAUUAUUGUAUAAUCCACAAUAUACGGAUGAAGCGCACGAUACGAUUCCUAAAUGUUAUAUGUUUACAUUUAAUAGAUAGGUAAAAAAAAAGUAUCUAAAUUAUAAUGUCCUAAUUAACAUGAAAACUACGGUAAUGCAAAUAUUGCAACUAAAAAAAUUAUAUAAAAGUGUUAUGGAUUUAGCAAUUAUUAGACUAAAAUAUGUCGUAUCUCGUCGGUUUAAGGUAGAUAGUUGUGUAGCAAGCGAUUUUAGGCGUCAUAUCACGUAGUAUCGGACAGCCGUAUCACUGCCAGCGCUCUUAUAUCGGAUUUGGUAAGUAAAUAUUGUACGCUAAUGUUUUUGAUAAAAUAUGGGAAUGUAUUGUUUUGAAUCAAUUUUUCAAAGUGUAAACAAACAAUAUUACAAAGAAGGUAAUUUCGCAGGAUUUCUUCGUGUAUUGAGUAAGACGUCUCUUGUAGAAGAUGAGUAAAUUUCGUUAUUAUUGAGUCUGUUUACUAUUUGUACAAAUUUGAUUCAAACAAUUUAUUCAAUAUCCUCUUUUCGCACACUAACUAAAUUAUAUUAUGCGGCCAGUAUUAGAUUUAAAAAAAAACUGAUUUUUAAAUGAUAACGUAUAAAUGACAAUAGAUAUUGAUGUAUGAAUGGUGCAAUACCAUUAUAUUUUCAAGGAUUUGAAAAAAUGUGUAGAGGGUCCAGCUGAAAGACAGGGCUGUGUUUAUUCGGCUAUACUAAGCUGGCUCCUUUUGCUACACAACAUGAGUGUACUUUAAAGUCAUUAUUAAUUCUGUGAUGUGUAAAAUAGUUUCUUUCUGUCUUUAUUGUUGACAUUUCCAUUUAGAAUUAAUAAUUAUCAGAUAUA